AUGGCCCUUUCGGGUCGUUAUCAAUGCCGCUUGUUAUCAGCGGUGAUAGUGGUGGGAUGUACGAUUUUAAUAUGGCACCACAUCUUCAAAGUAUCCUUCCAAGAGGACGGGUUGCCAUCAGCCUCUCGAAGAAACGCCGACGUUGUUGAGUACCAUGAGAGCAUUGCGGCCGCCUUCUUCUCAGCCAUCAAUUCACCCAGGCACAAGAAUUGUCACUUCUUCCGACACCGAUUCCCUAUUAAACCGGAUCGAGAUGGAGAUGUGGACAUUGCAUUUACCAUAACAGUGCAAAACGACGUGCGACAGGUCGCUCGAAUCCUACGAAUGAUCUACCGGGUGAACAAUUACUACUGCAUCCACCUGGACAAAACGUCCGACGCAGCAUUUGAGGCGGCAAUAAGUGGUGUAGUUUCAUGUUUCGGUCCAAAUGUUGAGUUAGUUCCACACCAAUCGCGUGUAGCCUUUAGGCAAGGUGAUGAGAGUGCUUUACAGAUUCAACUUACCUGUGCUGAACAAGCCCUGAAACGCAAUGGGAAGUGGAAAUACUUGAUCAACAUUGAGGACAACGUUUUCCCCUUAAGAACGAACUUGGAGACUGUGGCUAUCGUAAAAGCUCUUAAUGGAUCCAAUCUGGUUGAAGCCUUUUCAAUUGACCGCUUCAAAUCAAGAACCAGAAAUAAAAAUCUACCCUUGAAUGCCACUUGGUACAAGGGUUCAGUCCACGGAGUUUACAGACGAGAAUUUCUCCAGGAAGCAGUUUUAGGCGAAGCCGUGGCCCCAAUUCGAAAUUUCCUUCUUCAACACCAAACUAUUCUCACUCCAGAAGAGUUUUACUUCCCCAUUCUAGCCUACAAUCCUCAGUUACGUCUGCCCGGCGCUUGCCAGGUGGUUCCUAGUCCUCCUAGCGAAGUGAACAUAGGCUUUCUUGCCAAAUUCAUCAUCUGGGGUGACUACGGAGUUCGCUGUACCACAAAAUAUGUUAAUUACGUGUGUAUCCUUGGAAAUGAGCACUUGCCGGUGCUGCGAAUGACCUCGCAUCUCUUUGCGUCCAAAUUUCUGCCAGACUACGAGCCGGAGGCCUAUGCAAGCUUGGAAGAGUGGUACUUUGCUCGAAUCAAGGCUGAAUUAGAGAAUAAAGCGCUUUCUGACUCAAGCUUUGAUGCAACCAUCUAUGCCAGCCUCUCUUGCUCACAAAAGCAUGUAUAA